ACUGUGCAUGCACGAGAAGCUGUUCUAUGUGAAUGGUCCGGCAGUCUUCUGCGACCUGUCCUGAAUUUGACAGGUCCCCAAAGGUCUGCAGUCUCUGGUCUAUGUCCAUAGUCCUCUGGUCAUCCUGUGUACUAUGUCCGCAGUUCUGGUCAUCUUAUGUACCGUGUCCGCAGUCUCUGGUCAUCUCCUGUACCGUGUCCGCAGUCUCUGGUCAUCUCCUACCGUGUCCGCAUCUCUGGUCAUCUCUGUACCGUGUCCGCGUCUCUGGUCCGCUGUCUCUGGUCAUCUCCUGUACGUCCGCA